UAUUAUCGUGGAUUCUUCUUGGAGGGAAGGGGUUAAAAAAAGGGAGACGGAGUGAAGAAGACGGAGGAUCUACAGCGUUAGCUCCUGCAAACUUCACUGAAGGUUCUGAGAAGGAAUUCUUACAGACAGUGAACAUUCAUUUUAACUUAAAAAGUCAAGAAAGAGACAUUAAGAGGGACUUUUGACCAUGCAGGAUGACCUUACAGAUGCAGCUGCUGUAGGGUGACUGGAAGGAGCCUGGAUUGCUUGGCUGCUUUGAUUGCAAGUAUUUCUUGGGGGAGCUGAAGAAGAAGAAAAAAGACAAAAAAAGAAGCAAAACUGGCUCACCCGGUGCCAGGGCAGAGCAGCUUGGGGUCCCCACUGCAACCCUUGUGGAGGGCAGGGAGCAGCAGAAGGAUGGCAUCAGAACUGGCAAUGAGCAGCUCCGACCUGCCCACCAGUCCCCUGGCCAUGGAAUAUGUUAAUGACUUCGAUCUGAUGAAGUUUGAAGUGAAAAAGGAGCCGGUGGAGAGCGACCGCAUCAUCAGCCAGUGCGGCCGCCUGAUCGCCGGGGGAUCGCUCUCUUCUACCCCGAUGAGCACGCCCUGCAGCUCGGUGCCCCCUUCCCCGAGCUUCUCGGCCCCCAGCCCGGGCUCCGGGAGCGAUCAGAAAAGCCACCUGGAAGACUACUACUGGAUGAGCGCCUACCCCCAGCAGAUUAACCCGGAGGCUUUGGGCUUCAGUCCGGAGGACGCAGUGGAAGCUCUGAUCAGCAGCGGUAAUACCCCCCAGCAGCAACAGCAGCAGCUCGGCCAGGGCUACGAUGGCUUUGCUAGGGGGCAGCAGUACCCGUCCUCGGGGGGCAUCCCGGGAGAAGACAUGGGCUCUGCAGCCGCGGUGGUCUCUGCAGUGAUCGCAGCCGCCGCAGCCCAGAACGGAGCUCCCCAUCACCAGCACCACCACCACCAGCACCACCACGGCGGAGGGCACCCGGGAGGGGCGCAGCCUGCAGGGGCAGGAGGAGGUGGAGGAGGUGGUGGCAGCAGCUCCCCGUCUUCUUCAUCAUCGGUGGUCGGGGGUCUACCCCACCAUCACCACCACCAUCACCACCACCACCUGCACUUCGACGAUCGCUUCUCGGACGAGCAGCUGGUCACCAUGUCCGUGCGGGAGCUGAACCGGCAGCUCCGGGGGGUGAGCAAGGAGGAGGUGAUCCGCCUGAAGCAGAAGAGGAGGACCCUGAAGAACCGGGGCUACGCGCAGUCGUGCAGAUUCAAGCGGGUGCAGCAGAGGCACGUCCUGGAGUCCGAGAAGACCCAGCUGCUGCAGCAAGUGGAGCACCUCAAGCAGGAGAUCUCCAGGCUGCUCCGGGAGAGGGACGCCUACAAGGACAAGUACGAGAAGCUUCUGGGCACGGGCUUCCGAGAAAACGGCUCCAGCAACGACAACCCCUCCUCCCCGGAGUAUUUCAUGUCAUGAGUUUUUGAGCUUGCUGUGUCAAAAAGAGCGACAAAAAAAAUUCAGAGAAAAAUGUUGCCAUCCUGAUUUCUUCAUAUGAGCUUGCAAUAAAAAAAAUGUGAAUUUUUAGACUAUCUCGCUGAAUUCAUCAUUUUUGAGAAUUGCGGUCCUAAAAAAUAUAUAUAUAGAGAUAUAUAUAUAUAUAUAUAAAUGGAGACGUAAAGCAACCUGCCAAAUUGAACUGUGCAUCAAUCUUCAAUGCUCAAUGUGACUCUUUGGCCCCAAAAAGUAAGACUGGCCCACCAUUAAUAUCCCAUUUUCAUCUCAUGCAUUACGCUUGCUAUUGUGUCUUAGCAACCAAGAACUUUUAAUUGUCGAAAAGACUUUAUGGAAAAAGAGACUUUAAUAUUAAGAAGGCCCUGCAUGCUGGACAUGUAUGGUAUAAUUAUUUUUUUUCUUUUUUUUUUUGUUUGUUUUUUGCUUGGAAAUGGACUUAAUGAAGAAUAAUGGCAUGAUGUUCAUUUUUUUUUUGUUUGUAUGUUUAUUUGUCGUUUUUUUUUUUUUAUGCGUCAUCACUUUUUUGAGUUGAAAACAAAAAAGUGCAGCCUAAUCCCUCCCCAGUUAACAUUUAGCAUCUGUUAGAGGGAAAGAAACACACGGAAAAAAAAAAUAAAAAUCCUGCUUUUUCAAAUAUGCAAGUCUUAAGUUAAAAAAAAAAUGCACUGAUCAUGUUUCUUCCAAAAACAAAAAAAGGCUGAAUGGAUUUUAUUAUACAAAUGUGUCAAAAAUAUAUAAAUAUAUACAUAUAUAUAAAAAAAACAAUUCAGAGGGACUUUGAAAGGUGUCUCUAAAAAAAGUAACUUGUAUUGGGACUAAUAUGCUGUGAGCUACAAAAAAAAGAA